CCUAAUUCAUCCGGACUUCGAAAGCCAAUAAUCCGCCACUCAUCGGAACGCGCAUCUAGCACUCUCGGAGGCCUUCGCAUCCAGCACAGAUCAUCCCAAGCUUACAUCCCUCGGCUCCACACCCCCCGUGCCGUAGAAGGUACCGAACUACUCUCACUCUGCUUCCAAAAUCUCGAUCGCACCCUCCAUGGCUUCCCGACUAUCGAUUGCGGCCUACGCUCACUCAGAAGACGACGAGCAUCUAGGCAACAACAACAACACGCCCCCGCCCGGUGAAAACGCGGAUCCCACACCGAGAGCACAGAGUUCGAGUAGGCGCAAGCCUCGCCGACGACCCGUCGAUAUCGAGCGCCAGUGCGGCGUUCCGAUGGGAGGCGAGGGGCGUCUAUGUGGCGCGGCGUUGAUGUGCAGGCGGCACUCGAUGAGCGCGAAGCGGUCGGUGGCCGGAAGGUCCGCGCCGUUCGACCUACUGUUGCUGGCCGCUACUACUGCGGAGGAGAGGAGAGAAGAGUAGAGUUCGAGGUAUGCGAUCCACGCUCUUCACGUGCUCGGUGUAGGAAAAACCUUCGACGCCACAUGCGUUGGCGUGAGACGAUUCUUCCAUUUUUGCGUUUUCGUGAUGACUCAGGGCUGUUGUUUAUGGUGGUUGUCGUGUACUUGGCCUUUCUGGUGUAUUUUACGCUUUGCUUCCAUCACCGAUUGGCUCUUGUCUCCCGUGUAAGCCGGUUCGUGGCCUGGGAUGGACGAAGGGUAACAGCCCUACGCUUUUCAAAUAGGACAGCAUCCCAUCCUCUCUUCAUGUAUAUCGUCACUCAUGCGGGAAGUAAGACAGAUGCAAGCACGAUUCCGGCGUG